AAUUAUUUACAGGAGGCGUUGACGCUUGGUCACAAGAAAAAUGUCAGAACUGUUUAAUAUUUAAGCGAGUGAAAAACACUUACAAAUUUUAUUUAAAUAGUCAUGAGUGCCUCUGGAACUUUGUCAGACCUUUAUUCUGACCUAUCAUCAGAUUCACGAACAGAAAAAGAAUUGGAAGAAAAGCCAAAUGAAGCAGAUGUCCCGGAGGUGGAGGCAGCUACGGCAGUUCUGCAGAGGAACAAGUACACUGACGAGAGCCUACAGCUUCUGGUGGACAAGGUGAAGUCAUGCACCAUCCUGCCAGGCCUGUUGGAGGAGCACUGGAGCGAGGAUACCCGGGAGCAGAUACGGGAGUUCUUCAGGGAGCCCGGUGCUGAGGUGCUGAGUGUGUUCUUGGACAAGGGUGUGCUGCAAGCUCAGCUCGGCUACCCCAGCACCCUGGCAGGCUACAUCAUGUACUUCACCAAGCCGGUCGCGGUGCAGGUGCUUCCUGCUACUUUCUACGACCUGGUUGACCUGGGGACCGCAGGGCCUCACGUCGAGAGCUCUGUGCUGCGCGUCAUAGAGCAGGUGUACGCUCCUUUCUUCUUCAGUGUGACCACGUGGUCCGACACUGUAAAGAACGAGUUGCGGGCCAGCCUGCACGAGUUCCUGUCGCACCUGACCGAGGUGAAGUACAAGAUGCAGGGGCUGACGGUGAUCUACGUCCCCCAGGAGGGACGCGACCUGUCGCUGGAGGAGGCGAGCCAGGACAAGGAGCUGGUUGGCCGGCUCGAAGGUGUGGUGGUGAGGUGGACACAGCAGAUACGAAUGGCUCUCGCAGACCGCGACCAGGCAUCGUCGCAGGGUGUGCUUCGUCCAACAGAUGCCUUCUCAUUCUGGCUGUAUCGCUAUGAAAACCUUUGCGGCUUGGAGUAUCAGCUGCAGAACAAGAUGGUUGAUCACGUCACCAACAUUCUGUCGAGAGCCCAGGCUUCGUUUGUGAGACAAUUCACUGCACUAACAGAUGAAAUCAAGGAAAGUUUGAAAGAAGCAAAAUCAAACAUAGAGUUUCUGCAGAUCUUGAACGAACCAUGUAAAGAGCUUGAGUUGGUGACAGCACCCAGUGAGAUCCCACCACACAUCCCAAAGAUUCUCCACCUGUUUAGAGUAAUCUGGAAAAACUCUCCGUACUAUAGCUCCAAGGAAAGGUUAACAGAGCUGUGCCGUGCGCUCAGCAAUCAGGUGAUUCUCCAGUGCCGCAAGUCUGUGGACCUGUGCACCAUCUUUAGUGGCAAGACUCGGACAGGCAUCAACAUCCUCAAUGAAUGCAUUGAUUGCUGCCUCAAAUACAAGUUGCUGUAUGAGAAAAUUUCAGAGGCCCAAAGAGUAGCAGGUGAUGUAACUUUGGACCUUGACGAAGCUGCAGUUUUCAACCAUGUUGACUCCUAUCUUCAACGCUGCAGUGAUCUUAUAGAAGUUUGUAACACCAUGAUUGUUUAUGGCAGAUUGGACGAAACACGCACCAUUCCUUUGCCAUGCUUUGGUGGCACGAGAGGUUUAGAGUUUGAGAAAGCUAUUGAAGACAUUGAGAAGAAAUUUUUUCUCUACUUGAAAGAGUUGAAGGAUGUACAAGAGACAAUAUUGGAUGUUCAGGAAUCAUCCUGGUAUGAGAGCAUAAUCAGGUUCCGCGGUCACAUCAAGGAUCUGGACAUAGCGAUGGAAAACUUGAUGGAUGCUGUGUUUGGGACAGUGUCACAAGUUGAGGAAGGACUGUAUGCUCUACAGCCAUUCCAUCACUAUGCUCACAAGAGCUCCAUACAACGCAUCUUCAGAGAAAAGACUGACAAGGUGUACGGGAUGCUGGUGGCAAACAUGCAGUUCAUCAAGAGAGAGAUGGUGGACGAGAAAGAGCAGUACCCAGCCAACAUGCAGUAUUACUCUGGACGAGCUCUCAUGGCACAGCACAAGAAGAAGUAUCUCACCAGGCUUGUGAAGAUGCUGGACGAGGCGGUGUGGCUGCCGCAGAGCAGGCUGGGCCAGGAGGCUCGCGCACAGCACCUUCACCUGGCAGCAACGCUCGACAACACCGUGACUCAGCUGUACAAGGAGUGGUCGAACCGCCUGGACGACAACAUGCUGUCCCGCCUCGACCGUCCGCUCAUGGGCCGCAGCAGUGUGCAUCAGGGCUGUCUGGAGGCUAACAUGGACCGGAAAGUGCUGAAAGACUGCAGUGAGGCGCGGCACUGGGAGGCCAUGGGCUACAGCAUUCCAGACAGACUGGAGCCCGUGUAUGCACAGUGGAACAAGGUCAAGUUGGUGUACGAGAGCGUGUUGCUGGUGGUCCGAGACUACAACCGUGUGCUUGCCUCCCUAUCAGAUGAGGAGCGAGUGCUGUUCAAACAAAUGAUAAUCGCCUGCGACCAGAAGAUAAAACCUGGACUGUCACAGUUGAAAUGGAGUUCAGAAGUUUCAGAAGCUUUUAUUGAUGACUGUCGUCGCUACACGUCAGAGCUGCAGUCGUUUGUGGAUGAGUACAAGAGGGCAAACAUGCAGAUUGUGAGUCUGUGUGAGCAGAUAGGCACCACCCUGCUGGUGGAGAUCCCACCUAAAGUCGUGUUGAGGCUGGAGGAGCUACAGUUCUACUUGGAUGUUAGAAGAAUCACGGCAAUGAAGAUCAUCUUCAAGAAUCAUAGAGAAAUUCUGGAUUGUUUAUUAGUUGUUUAUAAAGGAUUCGAUGAACACAUUACAGCUAUGGGUGUGCACUGGGCCAACUAUGUUCGCAAGGUGGAUGUUGUUGUGGAUGAAGCACUGAAGCUGUGCACAAGGAGUUCUCUGCAGGUUAUGCUGGAUAAACUGAACCGCGGAGGCUCUGGCGACUCAUCCCCAUUGCUCGACAUCAGUGUUCUCCUGUCUGAUAACAAGAUUACAUUCGUACCAUCACUUCAAGAAAUUGGGUUUGUUCUGCGUGGUAUUAAGCACAUGAUUGUGCAUGACCUAAAGGAACUUCGCAGACUUCACGAAAUCUACAACGUCCCUGAAAAUGGCUUGCGCUCGUAUAGUGAUGUGGUGGAGGAUGAUGAUGAAUGCAACAAACUGCAACAGCUCAUUAACAAAGAGAUGACUACCAAUACGGAAAUGAUUGUGGAGUAUGCAAUGACGUGGGAUCGGUAUCGCACCAUCUGGGAUGUUGACAUGAACUAUUUCUUGGCACGCUAUGAAAAUGUUGAACCACCAUUAUCAUCUUUUGACAUGGAUAUUAACAGGUAUGCCGUCACUAGGAGUGCUGUACAGCUGGAGGAGAACAUGGUCCCGAUGUACUUCCUCAUGGUGCACGCCGGCAGUCUGAAGCAGUCCAUCGUAGUGCUGUGCUCCGAGUGGGAGCAGCGACUGGCCAACUUGCUGCUGCGCCUCACUGCCUCCAGGAUCAACAACCUCUCUGAAUACAUGCGAGACAAUGCAGCGAGGGUUAACAAGGAACCAGAGACACUGAAGGAUCUUCAGGAUCGCAUCAUUUACCAUAAUAAUUUGGUUCAAGAAUUACCUGAAAAAGAGUUAAUAUUGCAUAGCUUUGAAGAAUAUUUUAAUGUCUUAGGCAAGUACGAGGUGCAGAUCCCGGAGGAGGUGAGCGAGAAGGCGGGGACCUUGGAUGACGAGUGGCUGCAGUACCUGAAGGCUCUUGACGAAGCCAAGGACAUGCUGGACAGAAGCAAGGAAAGAUUUCGCCUUGCACUUCUUGAAGCAGUUAAAGCUCUGAAUGCUAGAAUUGAGGCUCAAGCAGAGGACUUCAAGACAAAUGCUCCAUUCACCUCUGCUUGGGAGAACAAAGAUGCCUUUGGCUACCUGGAUAACGCCAAGCAACAAGUGACUGAAAUGCAGAUGGAAAGUGAACAACUCAAGACUGAUCUUGCUUUUUUUGGCAUAUUAUUACCAGAGUCACGGGCCCUUACCAAACUGCAGCGGGAUUUGGAGGAACUGGAAGUGGUGUGGGACCUGAAGCGGCAGUGGGACACAGCAUGGGAGAUGUACAAGACAGGCUCCUUAUGGACGGUGGAGACGGAGGAAAUGGAGCAGACUGUCCAGCAGCUUUUCCGGGACCUGUCUCUGCUGUCCCGCAAGCUGAAGGACAGGCAGUGGGAGGUGGUGGACCACACGCGAGCCCGCGUCGAUGCGUUCCGCCGCAUGCUGCCCCUCGUGGGCAACCUCAAGAACCCAGCCAUGAAGCCCAGGCACUGGACCAGGGUCAAGCAGACCGUCGGCAGUGAUUUUGAUGAGAAUGCAGAAGAUUUUACCUUGGAAAAAGUAAUAGCGAUGCAAAUGCAAGAUUUUGCUGAUGAGAUCAAGGAGAUUUCCAAUGCUGCAACAAUGGAGUUGAAAAUCGAAGAGGACCUGAAGGUAAUUGCUGACAUUUGGAUGAAAACAGUGUUAGACAUGGUACUUAUCAAGGAUAGAGAAGUAUAUCGACUGAAGGCAGUAGAUGAUAUCUUCCAAACCCUUGAUGAUCACCAUUUGAAAUUGGCUGCAAUGAAAUCCACCAGGUUCGUGGAACCAUUCAUCACGGAGGUGAACUACUGGGAGAAGGCACUGACCGUUGUCUUGGAGGUGCUGGAGAUGUUCCUGGUGGUGCAAAGGCAGUUCCUUUACCUGGACAACAUCUUCCAAGGAGAGGACAUCAGGAAACAGCUGCCGCUGGAGACAUCGGAGUUUGACCAGGUGACGGUGCAGUGGAAGGAGAUCACACUGCGCAUGUACAAGGACCGUGGCGCCCUGACAGCCACGCACUACCCCAAUCUACUGGCAACUCUUAACAAGCUAAACAAAAAUCUAGAGUCGAUUCAGCGUGCGUUGGAGGCAUAUUUGGAGACUAAACGACAGAUAUUCCCACGUUUCUAUUUUGUUUCCAACGAUGAUUUGUUGGAGAUUCUCGCCCAGUCCAAGAGACCUGAGAACGUGCAGCCGCACCUCAGGAAGUGUUUUGAUAGCAUUAAUAAGCUGCAAAUAGCAAAGGGGGCUGUGAGCCAGAAGGUGGAAGCAGUAGGAAUGAUUUCGGCACAAGAUGAAGAAGUGGGAUUUUCCCAUCCUGUUGUGCUGGAAGGCCCUGUGGAGCUAUGGCUCUGCCAGAUUGAGAAUAUUAUGCGGGUAAGUCUGAAAGAAAAACUGCAGCUUUGUCGAUCUGACCUCAGGAAGAAUCCAGAAAAAAGGGACGUCUGGGCUAUGUACUGGCCAGAACAACUUUGCAUAACUACGAGCCAGAUUCAGUGGACUGCAGACUGCACAAGAACUCUUAUGCAGUGCAAGGCUCUGGAAAGUAAGAAACCCUUAAAGAGGUUGUGGAGGAAGCAGAACAAGGUGCUGAAUAUUCUCCUCAAUUGCAUCCGCUCACCCAUUGCUAACAAAAUGGUAAGGAGGAAAAUAAAGACACUUCUUACAGUUGGCAUCCAUGCUCGAGAAGUCAUUACCAGGAUGUACCGUGCAAACACCACAGACGUGACUGCAUUCUUGUGGUUGGCCCAGUUGCGGUUCUACUGGGAUCGAGACAUCAAUGACUGUGUCAUCAGGCAGACCAACACCUAUUUCGUGUACGGCUACGAAUACCUGGGCAUCGCUGGUCGCCUGGCCAUCACUCCUCUCACCGACCGGUGCUACAUCACGCUGACCACCGCGCUCCACAUGCACUGGGGCGGCAACCCCCAGGGACCCGCCGGGACGGGCAAGACGGAGACCGUCAAGGAUCUGGGCAGAAACCUCGGCCGCUACGUCAUCGUCAUCAACUGCUCGGAAGGCCUGGACUACCGCAGCAUGGGCCGCAUGUUCUCAGGCCUGGCUCAGACAGGUGCGUGGGGCUGCUUCGACGAGUUCAACAGGAUCAACAUAGAAGUGCUGUCGGUGGUAGCCCAGCAGGUGUCGUCCAUCUUGACCGCACUUGCCGCCAAGGAGACAAAAUUUGUGUUUGAAGGUGUGGAGAUCAGUUUGGUCGACACCUGUGGCAUUUUCGUCACCAUGAAUCCAGGUUAUGCGGGAAGAACAGAACUCCCAGACAACCUCAAAUCAAUGUUUCGGCCAAUUUCUAUGGUAGUUCCUGACACUGCAUUGAUUGCAGAUGUAACUCUCUUUGCUGAAGGCUUUCGUGAUAGUAAGGCACUAGCCCAGAAGGUGGAUACUAUGUAUAUGCUGGCAAAGCAGCAGUUCAGCAAGCAACAUCAUUACGACUUUGGCCUACGUGGGUUGGUUUCCUUGAUACGAUAUGCAGGUUCCAAGAGAAUUGCCACAACCACAAUGUCUGACGAAGAAGUGAUGCUGGUGGCAAUGAUCGACAUGAACCUGGCCAAGCUGACGGCGGACGACGUGCCGUUGUUCAACGGCAUCACCUCCGACCUGUUCCCGGGCGUGAAGGCUCCCGAGCAGGACUACAGUGCGCUCAUCGAAGCCACCCACUGGGCGCUGAAGGAGGCUGGCUUGCAGAUUGUUUCACAAGUGGAGACCAAAGUAAUUCAGUUGUAUGAGACUAAGAACUCCCGCCACUCUGUGAUGUUGAUCGGCCAGACGGGUUCCGGAAAGACAGUCACAUGGAAAACGCUUCAGAGCGCUCUCACUAAAAUGAGUAAGACUCCAAACUCAACCGAAACUGCAGUAAAAGUGUUCCCCAUCAGCCCAAAGGCAUUAGGUCUUGGAGAUAUGUAUGGGGAGUACAACCUUGCAACCAAGGAAUGGUCAGAUGGAGUUUUGUCAGCUAUAAUGAGAAUAGUGUGUGCUGAUGAGUCUCUGGUCCAGAAAUGGAUUUUAUUUGACGGUCCAGUUGAUGCUGUGUGGAUAGAAAACAUGAACAGCGUCAUGGAUGACAACAAAUUGUUGACACUGAUCAACGGUGAAAGGAUAGUCAUGCCAAUGCAGGUGUCGCUGCUGUUCGAAGUGGAGGACCUGGCCGAGGCCUCUCCGGCGACGGUCUCGCGCUGCGGCAUGGUCUACAACGACUACAAGGACCUGGGCUGGAGGCCCUACGUCGACUCCUGGCUCAGCAGGAUGGCCGACCGGGGUCAGCCGUUUGUCCAGGAGAUGGAGAUGCUGAUCGAUCGCUACGUGAGCGCCAUCUUGCAGUUCAAGCGGGACAACUGCAGCGAGCUGACGCGCGUCUCGGAGCUCGGCUCUGUGGUGACCUUGUGCAUGCUCCUGAGAAGCCUCGCCACUCGAGAGAACGGUGUGGACCCGGGCGGAGACCAGGAGAACUUCCACACUCUUGCCAAGCUCUGGUUCUUGUUCUGUUUGAUAUGGUCCAUCUGUGGCACAGUGGACGAUGCAAGCCGAACUCUUAUCGAUACCUACUUCCGUGACAAGGAAACAGUAUUUCCUCUGAAAGACACAGUAUAUGAGUACUUUGUCGACCCUACUUCACAUGCCAUGGUUGCGUGGGAGUCAAAACUGUCUGAUAACUGGCGAUACAACAAGGCGCUACCAUUCUUCAAAAUUUUAGUGCCGACUGUAGACACAGUUCGGUACCCAUACCUGGUGUCUGCAUUAUUGUUGAACUCUGUGCCAGUUCUCCUGACUGGCCCAGUUGGAACUGGUAAAACAUCGCAUGUGCAAAUGGUAAUAGACUCACUGGAUGACACAAAGUACUCCGUGCUGAUAGUCAAUAUGUCUGCUCAGACUUCAUCAAACAAUGUCCAGGACAUAAUUGAAAGCAGAGUGGAGAAGAGAACCAAAGGGAACUACUAUCCGCCGGGAGGCAAGAAGCUGGUCACAUUUCUAGAUGAUCUAAACAUGCCAGCGAAGGAGAUUUAUGGUGCUCAACCACCUCUUGAACUGAUACGCCAAUGGGUUGACUAUGGCUUUUGGUAUGACCGACAAAACCAAUCAGAGACAAACGUUAAGGAUAUGCUGUUAUUGGCUGCAAUGGGUCCGCCUGGUGGGGGAAGGACAGUGAUUAGUGGACGAUUGGUGUCUCGCUUUGCUGUGAUCAACGUUACCUUCCCCAGGGAUGCUCAGAUUGUGCGCAUAUUCGGCACCUUGCUAGCACAGCAUCUUAUGGAUUUCGAUGAGGAACUUAAAAUGAUCAACCAGAACAUCACGGAGGCUACCUUAGAUUUGUUUACUGCAGUAUGCCAACACUUGCUCCCGACUCCAAGCAAAACGCACUACCUGUUCAAUCUGCGAGACAUUUCCAAGGUGUUCCAGGGUCUGCUGCGGAGCCACGCUGACUACCAGAACAACAAGCAGGCCAUGCUACGCCUCUGGGUGCACGAGUGCUUCCGGGUGUUCAGCGACCGCCUCAUCGACACCAAGGACCGCGACUGGUUCAAGAAGCAGAUCGGGGAAGUGGUGAACCGCAACUUCCAGCUGACGUUCCAAGCGCUGUGCCCCGAGGAGGAGCCGCCCGUGUUCUGCCACCUGGUGAACACGGACGGGGUGUACGAGGACCUGCCGGACCUGGCGGCGCUGCGCGGCUUCCUGGAGACGCAGCUGGAGGAGUACAACUCCUCGCCGGGCACGCUGCCCAUGGACCUGGUGCUGUUCAAGGAGGCCGUGCAGCACGUGUGCCGCGUCGUGCGCGUCGUCUCCCAGCCGCGCGGCCACAUGCUGCUCAUCGGCGUGGGUGGCAGUGGCCGGCAGUCUCUGGCCCGCCUGGCUGUGUACCUGUGUAACUACCUCUUCUUUGAGGUGGAGGUCACCCGCAACUAUCGCUUACCAGAGUUCAAAGAGGAUCUGAAGUUGCUGUAUCGUAAAACAGGUGUCGACAACCACGCUACCACUUUCCUCUUCAACGACACACAGGUGACGCAAGAUGCAUUUCUAGAGGUGGUCAGCAAUUUAAUGAACACCGGAGAGGUGGCUAAUCUCUACAAAGCAGAAGAAUUUGAAGAAGUGAAAGGUGCCUUGAGUAUUGCAGCAACGAAGGCAGGUAUUUUGCCUACAAACGAAGCAAUAUUCAAUUUCCUGGUGGACAGAGUGAGAACUAACCUCCAUGUUGUGCUGUGCAUGAGUCCAUUGGAAGAACGGUUCAGGGACUUCUUACGACAGUAUCCGGCCUUGGUAAACACCACCACCAUUGACUGGUUCAGUGACUGGAAUGAAAUUGCUCUUCUGGAAGUUGCUCACAAGUUCCUUGUUGAUGUUGACUUCUUACAAACCAUUGACAUGCCACAAGGAAAUCCUAGACCAAGAGAAUUUGAAAAAAUUCAGGCUCAGGAAAAAGUGAGAACAGCUGUUGCAGAGGUAUUUGCUAGAAUCCAUAGCUCUGUGUCUGAAUAUUCUCGCAAGAUGAUGGAGGAGAUGAAACGGCCCAACCAUGUCGUGCCGACCAACUAUUUGGAGUUAGUCACAGGUUACAUGAAAAUGUUAGAAGAAAAAAGAUUGUCAAACAUAAAUGCAGCUAACAAACUUAAAGGAGGUGUUUUUAGAAUUGAUGAGACCAAGAAAGCUGUUGGGGUUAUGAAAGUUACCUUAGAAGAGUCAAAAGUUAAAGCGGACAAAGAGAGGCAAGAGUUGGACAUAGUCCUGAAGAACAUAGCCAACUCUACCAAGCUGGUGGAGGACAAGGCUAAGAUAGUGGCCACCCGACAGGCCAGGAUAGCCACCGAGGAGGUUCAGCUCAAGAAGGAUGCCGCUGUAGCCCAGAGAGAGCUGGACAAGGCUAUGCCCAUUCUGCUCCAGGCCGAGUUGGCGCUGGGGGACGUGAGCAAGAAGGACCUGGCGGAAGUGAGAUCGUACGCCCGUCCGGCCGUGGAGGUGGAGAAGGUGAUGGAGGCCGUCAUGAUCCUGAUGCGUCUGGAGCCUUCCUGGGCAGAGGCUAGGAGACAGCUCGGUGACGUGGAUUUCCUAAACAAGCUAAGGAACUACGAAAAAGGAACUGUAACUGAAAGCAUGCUGAGGAAGAUAGCUUCUUACACAGCUCGUAAAGAAUUGGAACCAGAAAAUGUUGCAAAGAAAUCUAAGGCAGCAAAAUCAUUGAUGGAGUGGGUGCUAGCAAUGGAAAACUACUCCAAAAUAGACAUAGUUGUGGCUCCUAAACGACAAAAAUUAGCGGCAGCCAUGGAAGAGUUAGCCAAAAAACAAGAAGAGCUUGCCAAAUCUCAGGCUGAAUUAGCAGCAGAAAAUGCCAAACUAGAACUACUUGCUGAAGAACAAAGACUGAAGCAACAAGAGCUGAAGAAACAUGAAAAAGAGGCGAGGGAGCUGCAAAGGAAGCUGGAGAUGGCAGAGCAGCUGCUGAUAGAGCUGGGAGGGGAGCGGGAGCGCUGGGAGCAGACCCUGCACCGCCUCAGCAAGCAGUUCGUGUUCUUGCCUGGGGACUGCUUGCUGGCCACGGGGUUCGUCUCCUACGUCGGUCCCUUCGUGUCGCACUACAGGCAGCAGCUGCUUUCCUUGUGGAAAACUAAGGUCGUGGAGCUGGAGGUGCCCUUGUCAGCGGAGUUCCGGCUGGAGGACUUCCUGUGCGAUCCGACCACCAUCCGGGAGUGGAACAUCCAGGGUCUGCCGUCCGACGGCUUCAGCACGGAGAACGGCAUCAUCGUGACGGGGUGCUCGCGCUGGCCGCUGCUCAUCGACCCUCAGAGCCAGGGCGUCAAGUGGAUCAAGAACAUGGAGGGGGAGAAGGACCUGAAAAUCAUAGACUUUGGUCAGUCUGAUUUUAUGAAGACUCUGGAGAAUGCAGUUCAGUAUGGACAUUCUGUGUUACUGCAGAAUGUUGUGGAUGUCUUUGACCCAGCUAUAACUCCUAUUCUGAAGAAAGCUGUUAUUAGGCAAGGUGGACAAGAUUUGAUCAAACUGGGGGACAAGAUGGUGCAGUACAACCCUAAGUUCCGUUUCUUCAUCACUACCAAGCUGAGAAACCCAUAUUAUUCUCCAGAGAUCACUACCAAGACUACAGUUGUAAAUUUUGCAGUUAAGGAGCAAGGUCUUGAGGCUCAGCUGCUGGGAAUAGUAGUGAGGAAGGAACGACCAGUACUGGAAGAAGAAAAAGAUAAAUUGGUGGUGGACAUCGCAAAUGGCAAGAGAUAUCUUCUUAACUUGGAGGAUGAACUGCUUAGCCUCCUGAGCAAGGUGGAUGGCUCGUUGCUGGAUGACGAUCUACUUCUGGAAACCUUACGAGCCUCAAAAUCCACAGCUAUUUCAGUGGCGAAGCAACUGGAGGUCUCUGUUGCUACAGAAGCGGAAAUCAAUGAAGCUCGAGAGAGCUACCGCCCUUGUGCCCGGAGGGCAUCCAUCCUGUUUUUUGUUCUGGACGAUUUGUCUGGCAUCGACCCCAUGUAUAGAUUCUCCCUUGAUGUGUACAUCUCACUGUUCACUAUUUCCUUGGAAAAGAGCCAGCCCAGCAGUGUGUUGGAGGAGAGGAUUUCCAAUCUUAACGAGUUCCAUACUUACGCUGUUUACAGGAACAUUUGCCGUGGCCUAUUUGAGCGACACAAGCUGCUGUUCUCCUUCCACAUGUGUGUGAAGAUCCUGUACGCACAGGGAUCAAUGAAUCUGGAUGAGUACAACUUCCUUCUGUCAGGUGGAGUUGUCGUGGAUAGAGCAGAGCAACCGCCCAACCCUUGCCCAGCAUGGCUGCCCGAGGAUGCCUGGGAUAACAUCACGGAGUUGAACAAGCUGCCAGGGUUCGGGGGAGUCACCUCUUCCUUUGAGCAGUACCCGCGCGACUGGCAGCUGUGGUUCAUCGACAAGGAGCCAGAGAAGCAGCCCUUGAUCGGGGAGUGGAAGGACGUCUGCACGGAGUUCCAGCGGAUGUUGUUGGUGCGUUCACUGCGAGUGGACCGCAUCACGUUCAGCGUGUACAUGUUCGUGACAUCGAACAUGGGCCAGAGGUUCGUGGAGCCACCAGGGCUGGACAUCAACACUGUGUUCGAGGAGUCGACCCCUCAGUCGCCCCUCUUGUUCCUGCUGUCGCCGGGGGUGGACCCCACCGGCAUGCUGACACAGCUGGCCCAGGCGAGGGACAUGUCUGCGCGGUUCACCAGCCUGUCGCUGGGGCAGGGCCAGUCGCCCAUCGCCACGCGCAUGAUCAGCUCUGGGAUAAAGGACGGGCUGUGGGUGUUCCUCGCCAACUGCCACUUGUCGCUGACCUGGCUGCCGGAGCUGGCCACCCUCGUGGACAACCUGCAGACCCACGGCAUACACCCGGACUUCAGGUUGUGGCUCAGCUCCACUCCGUUCGACAAGUUCCCCGUUUCCAUCCUGCAGGCCAGCAUCAAGAUGACCACUGAAGCCCCGGAGGGCGUCCGAGCAAAUAUGACUCGACUCUACAAGUCCAUCACGAACAAGCAGUUUGAAGCAUGCAAGGCUCACGCCAAGUACAUCCGGCUGUUGUUCUCUCUGUGCUUCUUCCAUUCUGUUCUGGUCGAGAGGAGGAAGUUCGGCCAGCUGGGCUGGAACGUCGGCUACCACUUCACCGACAACGACUUUCUGGUAUCAGAAAAACUUCUAUCUAUUUACCUGGAUGAGUACGCUGAGACCCCGUGGGAUGCUCUGAAGUAUUUGAUAUCAGGAGUGAACUAUGGUGGCCAUGUUACUGAUGAAUGGGACAGGAGAGUUCUUGACACCUACAUCAACAGAUUUUUCAAUGAUGACCUCCUCACUAUAAACAAUUACAGGCUGUCAGUGCUGCCAACAUACUUUGUCCCAAGAGAUGGAACUUUGCAGUCUUAUCGAGACUACAUCUCAUUUCUGCCCGCAAUGGAUCAGCCUGAGACAUUUGGACAGCAUCCGAAUGCUGAUAUAGCAUACCUUAAGGAAGAGGCAAAAAGUGUUUUUGAAAGUCUCAUGAACAUGCAAGCUACUACUGCUAUUGGUGGGUCUGUCUCAAAGGAGGAUAAGGUGAUGCAGUUAGCGAAGGACAUCUUGGCGAGGAUACCCCAGCCAAUAGACAGCAAGGCAGCUGACAGUGUGGAACGAACGCAGAGGUCACCGCUGCUGGUUGUUUUGCUGCAGGAAAUAUCACGUUACAACCAGCUGCUAGUGCAGGUUUCUACUUCUAUUGAAGAGCUGCAACGUGCCAUCUUGGGUCUCGUGGUUAUGUCGUCAGAUCUGGACGCUGUCUUUAAAAGUAUCUUUGAGGGGCAAGUUCCCGUCAACUGGACCACAGCGUAUCCAACAAAGAAGCCUCUUGGUUCGUGGACCCGGGACCUUGUUUUGAGAGUGGAGUUCUUUGCUGCUUGGGCGAAGACGCUGGAGGCACCUCUGUUGUUUUGGCUGGGAGCGUUUACCUUCCCCACAAGCUUCCUGAGUGCUGUCAAGCAGACAGUUGCUCGAGCCUUGAACGUGUCUAUCGACGCGCUGUCCUGGGAGUUCAUAGUGAAUACUGAUGAUGAGGAUGAUUCAGUAGUGGAGGCAGAUGAAGCGGGUGGAGUGCAUGUGCGCGGAAUCUUCCUGGAGGCGGCCGGCUGGGACAGGCAGAGCGCGUGCCUGACGGAGCCCCAGCCCAUGCAGCUGCUGUGUCCCAUGCCGGUGGUGCUGUUCCGUCCGGUCGCGGGGCGGCGCACCAGGAGGCGGAGAGGAAUGUACGUGUGCCCAUGCUUCUCAUACCCGUUCCGAUCGAUGACCUCGUUCGUGGUAGCGGUCGACCUGAAGAGUGGUGCCAACAAACCAGACCACUGGAUCAAGAGGGCCACCGCACUGCUCCUCAGUCUGGCCACAUAAAUGUGUUGGCAUGCCUGUGUGCAGUGCUAGCUUUUUUCUCUGACUACUUAGGUUUACACUCUAAAAGGAGAAACAUUUCUCUUAAAUGGUAUGUCAGUCAAAUGUUUUGAGCCUUGCAUUAAAAAAAAAAAAAUUGACAGUUGUAGCUUGCACCAAAUGAUGUUAAGAUUUUACUGUGAAUUUGUAAAUAAACUUGAAUACUAAAA